AAUAGUAGUAGAAGACACACGCAGAAGAGCAAGCAAUUCAUCGAGCAUAUGGCGACGACGACACUCUGGUCUUCCUUUGCCUCUGGAAACGUUCUCAGGCAAUCCCACUACCUCAAUCCCACCAAAUAACCCCAACUCACCCUCACAUCAUCCAUGGCUUCCACCAUUACUACUACUAAUACUACUACUACUACUACUACUACUGUUCUUCUUUACUUGCUGUUCCUUGCCACCUUCUUCUCUUCCGAUAAUGCUCAAAGGAGUCUUGAAGCCCAAGCAGAGAUUGAAGCUUUAACUUUCUUCAAGCUCAAUCUCUACGAUCCUCUUAGCGCUUUAAAUGGUUGGGAAUCAACCACUCCUUCGGCUCCUUGCGAUUGGCGUGGCAUCCUCUGCUAUAAUGGCCGUGUUCAUGAGCUCCGCUUGCCUCGUCUCCAGCUCUCUGGCCCUCUUUCUGAUCGUUUAUCAAAUCUUCAGGAGCUCCGCAAGCUUAGCCUCCGGUCCAAUCAUUUCAAUGGUUCCAUCCCUCUUUCCCUCUCCAAAUGCUCUCGUCUCCGUGCCCUUUACCUUCAAUAUAACUCCUUUUCCGGCCGUCUUCCCACAGUGAUCGCCAACCUCACCGAUCUUCUCGUCUUCAAUGUAGCUCAGAAUCUUCUCUCCGGUGGAAUCUCUGCUGAUCUCCCACCCAGCCUUCGCUACCUCGAUCUCUCAUCCAACGAUUUAACUGGCGAGAUCCCCCGCAACAUCUCCGCAUCGUCUCAGCUUCAGCUCCUCAAUCUGUCCUUCAAUCGAUUCACCGGAGAGAUUCCACCUUCUUUCGGAGAGUUUCUGCAACUCCAGUAUCUGUGGCUGGACUGGAAUCUAUUGGAGGGAACUCUGCCUUCGGCGCUUGCCAACUGUUCUACGCUCAUGAAUUUGAGUGUUCAAGGCAAUGCGCUUCAAGGUUUGAUCCCAGCCGCCAUCGGGGCUCUUCCGAGACUCCAAGUGCUUUCCCUCUCACACAAUGACCUCUCUGGUGCGGUUCCCUCCUUCGCUUUCUGCAAUGCUUCUUCGUACCCUCCAUCAUUAAGGAUUGUUCAGCUGGGGUUUAAUGCAUUCACGGCUCUUGUUUCUCCGCCGGAAGCCACAUUCUACACCGUCUUACAGGUCUUAGAUCUUCAGCAGAAUCAGAUACAUGGCAUGUUCCCCUUCUGGUUAACGAAUGUGUCCACUCUAGCGGUGCUCGAUCUUUCCGGAAACUCGUUCUCGGGCACGCUACCAGUUGGCAUCGGUAACCUCUUCAAGUUGGAAGAGCUGAGGGUGGCGAACAAUUCAUUUCAAUGUGAUAUCCCCAGUGAGAUCCAAAACUGCAGUUUGUUAAGUGUUCUUGAUCUUGAAGGGAACCGUUACACCGGCGAGAUUCCUGCAUUCUUGUGGAAGCUUAGGGGCUUGAAGGUUUUGUCUCUUGGGGGAAACUCCUUCUCGGGUCCCAUUCCAGCGUCUCUUGGAAGUCUUUCAGAGCUAGAAACGCUGAAUCUGGGACGUAAUAACCUCACGGGGAACCUGCCAAAAGAGCUGAUGUGGUUGAGUAAUCUCACUACCCUGGACCUUCGCGACAAUAGAUUAUCUGGAGAAGUUCCUUCCAACAUUGGGGACGUUAGGAGUUUAUUGGUUCUGAAUAUGAGUGGUAAUGGCUUCUCAGGGAGUAUCCCCACGAGUAUCGGAUCACUUUUGCAGCUCAGGAUUCUGGAUUUCAGCCGUCAGAAUCUCUCCGGUGAGUUACCCUAUGAGCUUUCAGGUUUGCCUAAUCUGCAAUACAUUGCUCUGGAAGAGAAUGCAUUGUCAGGGGCUGUUCCUGAAGGUUUCAGCAGCUUAUCAAGUUUGAAAUAUCUGAACCUGACGUCCAAUGCUUUCUCUGGAGAGAUUCCGGCAACCUAUGGGUUUCUCAGGUCAUUAACCGUUCUCUCACUGUCCAAUAAUCACUUAACCGGCUCGAUUCCACCGGAGCUCGGCAAUUGCUCUGAUCUUGAAGUCCUUCAGCUCCGCUCAGAUGGUUUGACAGGUCAAAUUCCGGACGAUAUCCUGCGUCUCUCGUAUUUGAAGGAGCUCGACUUGGGUCACAACAGUUUGAGGGGUAAAAUCCCAGAGCAAAUCUCCAGAUGUAAAUCCCUAAGGUCACUGUUAGUGAAUGACAAUCACCUCUCCGGAGCAAUACCAGACUCUCUUUCAGAUAUAUCAAACCUGACGGAGAUAGACCUCUCUGCCAACAACUUGGGUGGGGUGAUACCGGUGAACCUAACCCUCCUCUCCGGCUUGAGACGCUUCAAUGUAUCAAGAAAUAACCUCGAAGGAGAGAUUCCAGAUAGGCUGGGUUCUCGAUUCAAUGACCAUUCUGCAUUUGCGUUCAAUUCAGAUUUGUGCGGGAAGCCAUUGAAUAGAAAAUGUGUGAAUGUACCCAAAACUAACAGGAAGAAGAAGAAGAAGAAGAAGAAGAAGCUGAUUCUGGUGGUGGCUGUUGCCGUGGCCGGAGCUUUCCUGACGGCAUUAUUCUGUUGCUGCUACGUUUUCAGUCUGUUGCGGUGGCGGAAGCGGCUCCGAGAGAGGGGCAAUGGGGAGAAGAAAAGGAGCCCGGCACGGGUGAGCUCCGGAGCAGCAGAGGGAGGUCGCGGCAGCGGAGAGAAUGGGAGCGAAGGGCCAAAAAUAGCCAUGUUCAACAAGAAGCUUACAUACGCAGAGACGUUGGAGGCGACGAGGCAGUUUGACGAAGAAAAUGUACUGAGCAGGGGAAGGUAUGGGCUUGUGUUCAAGGCUUGCUUUCUGGACGGCACUGUGCUUUCGAUCCGCCGUCUCCCUGAUGGUUCCAUUGACGAGGGAACAUUCCGAAAGGAAGCAGAGUCGCUGGGGAAGGUGAAGCACAGGAACCUAACAGUCCUCCGAGGAUACUACGCUGGACCACCUGACGUCCGGCUACUCGUGUACGACUACAUGCCCAAUGGGAACCUUGUUACUCUGCUACAAGAGGCAUCACACCAGGACGGCCAUGUCCUCAAUUGGCCAAUGCGCCAUCUCAUUGCCCUCGGAGUCGCCCGUGGGCUGGCCUUCCUACACGCAUCCUCCAUGGUUCACGGUGAUGUCAAGCCUCAGAAUGUGCUUUUCGAUGCCGACUUCGAAGCCCACUUAUCUGAUUUCGGGCUCGAACGGCUCACAAUGGCGACGCGGGCAGAAGCAUCCACAUCUUCUACCCCGGUGGGGUCCCUGGGGUAUGUAUCGCCGGAGGCGACAUUGACAGGGGAAGUGAGCAAAGGGGCCGACGUGUACAGUUUCGGGAUCAUAUUGCUAGAACUAUUAACGGGGAGGCGGCCGGUGAUGUUUACUCGGGACGAGGACAUAGUGAAGUGGGUGAAGAAGCAGUUGCAGAGGGGUCAGAUAUCGGAGCUGUUGGAACCGGGGCUCCUGGAGCUCGACCCGGAGUCGUCAGAGUGGGAAGAGUUCCUGUUAGGAGUGAAGGUGGGGUUGCUUUGCACAGCACCAGACCCCCUAGAUAGGCCAUCCAUGGCCGACAUUGUCUUCAUGCUCGAAGGCUGCCGGGUUGGCCCCGACAUUCUCUCUUCUGCUGAUCCCACCGCUUUACCGUCGCCGGCAUGAUUAAGCCACCCCAACACCCUACCCAAGAAAUUGUUAUCCAGAAAUCAAUCAUUAGAUUCCCAUCUCUCUUCCAUUUUGGAGGGGAAAAGAAAAAAGUUUUUUUUUGGAUGGACGGAAAAA